CAAACAAGAGAAAAUCAUCACCAGUUUCUAGAUCCUUGGAGUAUAUAUAAUAAACGCGAGAAGACCACAAACGGUCGUUGGCUACAUGGAAGCAGGAAUGGUGCACGCUGCCAAAACAGGCAUUUCCGUGCCGAUGGUCCGCCAUUUUGGCUUGGUGUUUCGGAACACUUGCAUGUACGACGUCAAAUUCGUUCUCUAUUGUUUCUUUUCUUCCAUUUCUUUUCCGCUGUCAGCACUGAGAAAGCCGAGGAAGACAGGAAGCUUGUGGAGCCGAGAGAGCCUGUAGAGCCGAGAAUUUCGUCUAAUUAAAUGGGACUUGGACACACCAACCUACAUUCGAGUCUAUGUGGACCCUAUGAUGUCUCUGACACGGCCAUGGUAGCCAUGCCCCCACCAC